UUCAACAUUUCAACUGGGCCUGCGAAAGAGCUCAGUUGCUAAUAACAGCAAAAAAGUUAAUUAUUUAUUUAUUUAAAAUUUAAACUUAAGGAUUUCAAGUUGAAAAAAUGAAAUUGUUCAUUGUAACACUUGCCUGCUUGUGGGCCCUAACGCAAUCGGCUUAUGUCUACGAAAAACCCAGAGAACACUUGGAGACAUUGAAUGAAAAUUUUGAACAAUUUGUAAAUAAUUAUGGCACAGUGGCCAACGAUAGCGAGGAUGUAAACGAAGUAUCAAAGGGAAAGAAGGGUUCAACACGCAGAGAAUGCAGUAGCAAAUGCUUCUGCGGUACACCAAAUGUCAAUCGCAUUGUUGGUGGUACACAGGUGCGCCAAAAUAAAUAUCCCUGGACGGCACAGUUGGUCAAGGGUCGCUAUUAUCCACGACUCUUCUGCGGUGGUUCUUUGAUUAAUGAUCGUUACGUGUUGACUGCUGCACAUUGUGUGCACAAUAAUCGUGAUCAGAUAACAAUACGUUUAUUACAAUUGGACAGAUCAUCUAGUGAUCCUGGUAUUACAAGAAAGGUCUCCAGAGUUAUUGUACAUCCCCAAUACAGUCCCACUACUAUUGUUAAUGAUGUUGCUCUAUUGAGAUUGGAAUCUUCCAUUCAGUUUAACGACAAAAUUCGCCCAGUUUGUUUGCCCAAUAGAAAUCAUAAUUUCGACAAUAAGGAUGCUAUUGUUGCCGGCUGGGGUUUAAUAAAAGAGGGUGGUAGUACUUCCAACUACUUGCAAGAGGUUACUGUUCCCAUCAUUACUAAUCAACAGUGUCGAAAUACUAAAUAUAAAAAUAAAAUUUAUGAUGUUAUGCUAUGCGCUGGUUUGGUUAAGCAAGGUGGUAAGGAUGCCUGCCAAGGAGACAGUGGUGGUCCAUUGAUUGUCAAUGAGGGUCGUUUUAAAUUAGCUGGUGUUGUUUCUUUCGGUUACGGUUGUGCUCAACCUAAUGCUCCUGGUGUAUAUGCUCGUGUUAGUAAGUUUUUGGAUUGGAUUCAAAGAAACACACGUGAUGGUUGCUAUUGCAGUUCUUAAAUUUGGCAGACAUAAACUCUUUAAUAAAUUUCAAUGAUUUCUCUAAUUAAAAUCUAUUUAUUUUCUACAUCUGGCUUUGAAAUAAAUACAUUUUAUUGAA